ACCACCGAGACCACGUGGUUACCUUACAGCUCCGAGGGAAUCAAAACAAACCUGCGUGGCCCCGCCCAGCGUCGGUCACAUGACUCGCACGUGAGCGGCGCUUCCGGAAGAGCCGGUAGCUGGCUGCAGGGCCAGAGCCUUGGCCCUCCCUGGGACCCCCCCUCACUCUCCACUCCGCGUUCGGGUUUCGGGCGGAGCUGGAGCCGUGCUGGCCAUGGCGGCAGGCUCGGGGGCCGCCACCGCUACCGGCGCUGCAGCCGGAACCGGAGAGGAGAAAGAUGAAUAUGUCAAACCUUUCACACCAGAGAAAGCAAAAGAAAUUAUCAUGUCUUUACAGCAACCUGCAGUCUUCUGUAAUAUGGUUUUUGAUUGGCCAGCACAACACUGGACUGCUGAGCACCUUUCCAAGGUCCUUCAUGGCAAGCAGAUACGAUUUAGGAUGGGAAUGAAAAGUACAGAUACAGUUCCUCAAUUUGAAACUUCAUGUAGUUACGUAGAAGCUACACUUGAAGAGUUUCUGACCUGGAACUGUGACCACUCUAGUAUUUCUGGACCAUUUAUAGAUUAUGAUUAUUCCAAAUUCUGGGCUUAUGCUGACUAUAAAUAUGUUGUCAGUCUAUUUGAAGACAAGACAGAUAUUUUCCAGGAUGUGAUAUGGUCUGACUUCGGGUUUCGUGGAAGAAAUGGACGGGAAAGUACAUUGUGGAUUGGCUCUCUGGGGGCUCACACACCCUGUCAUCUGGAUUCAUAUGGUUGCAACUUGGUAUUCCAGGUACAAGGAAGGAAAAGAUGGCAUCUCUUUCCCCCUGAAGACACUCCUCUCCUUUAUCCAACUAGAAUCCCUUAUGAAGAAUCUAGUGUGUUUAGUAAAGUCAAUGUUGUCAAUCCUGAUGUAAAACGUUUCCCUCAGUUCCAGAAAGCUCGAAGACAUGUGGUUACACUGAGCCCAGGACAGGUUCUGUUUGUUCCCAGACACUGGUGGCAUUACGUAGAAUCCAUUGAUCCUGUCACUGUCAGUAUAAACUCGUGGAUUGAAUUGGAAGAGGACCACCAGGCUCGGGUAGAAGAGGCGAUCACCCGCAUGCUUGUGUGCGCCCUGAAAACUGCAGAGGACCCACACAGUACCAGGGCUUGGUUAAACCCAACCGAGGUUGAGGAAACAUCCCAUGAAGUCAAUUGUCGCUACUUAAAUAGAGCCGUUUCUGCCCUUUUUGAUCAUUACAGAACAUCUAAGACAGCAGAAGUCCAAGCACUCAGAACAAACGGGGAGCACAUGAAAAAGGAAGAAUUCAACGUGCACACCCUCGUGGAGGGAGAGCAAACAGGUAGCCAGAACGUAGCCUUGGGAACAGUAGGAGAGCAGGCAGCAAGUCCCUUUGGCCCUGAUCUGGUUCCCGUACUCCCGAGUUCUGAAGCACCUCCCGCAGAAACAGGAGGCAUGUUUAAAAACGAUGGCAAAGGCUUUGUUGGCAAAGACGGAGAGCACUUUGACAAAGUGCACUUUACCAAGAAGCAGCGGAUGGUGAGUGGACGUGAGAAUGAAAUGGUUGAACAGAUUGUUUCAAAUAGUACUAUGGCCCCUUCCCAAACAUUCAUUUCUACAGAUGACUUACUGGACUGCUUGGUGAAUCCACAAGUAACCAAGAUAGUGGCACAACUUUUGAUACAAGGAAGAAGCUUGUGAUUGUAAUAGAAAAUGACUUUUUAAAUAAUAUUUUAAACAUAUUUUUAAAAUAGUAUAAUUUUUAAAUAAAAGAUGAAACAAUGAAAAGUCUGUUUGCAUCGGCUUGUAAAUGUACUUGUUCUUACCUAGUUAAAUUUCAACCUCUUGCCACCUUCUUGCAUGCACAUUGCUCUUUGCCCAAACUGACUCUUUGUUAUUUGUGAGGCCUUCUUUCUGAGCCUUUUUUUUCCCUCUCCCAUCCCUAUUUCUCCUCAGCCUAUUUCAAAUGUAAGCCCCAAGUGUUCUCAACAGGGAAUAAUCUCUCCAUCAGCCUUAAGAGGGAUAGCCUGCUGCUUGUUUUGUAAUAAAGUUUUAUUGGAACACA